CCGUGAAUAGACAAUACCCCUACGAAAAAGCAUAGAAAGCAUCGACUCGAUUCGCCGGUCCGUGAGUUGGCUUGGUUGCCGUCGUCGUCGCCGCCGGGUGUUUUGAGGAUGCCGUUUAUUUCGUCGCCUGCGGCUGCGGCUGCUCCUGCUGCGGCUGCUCCUGCUGCUGGUGGUGGUGGUGCGGGGGAGGUAGGGGUGUCGGAGACGCAUAAGCGGAAGAUUGAGGAAAGGGGGAAUUCUGCUGCUGCGGAGGUGGUUAAGAGGCCGAGGAUGAUGGGUGGGUUUUUGGACGAUGAGGAUGAGGAUGAUGAUGAGGAUGGGAUGGAGGCCUUGCGGGAUAUGCAGCAGAUGGAUGCUGGUGGAGGUGGGGUGGAUGAGUGGGUUGCUCUGCCUGGGUCGGCGUCGUUGUCGAAGCGUCCGGAGCGAUCGAUGCAGUCGGUUACGGCUGCGGAGCCUAAGAAGCCGAAGGUCAUGGGUGGGUUUCUGGAUGAUGACGACGAUGACAACAACGACGAGGAUGAGUUGGAGGCGCUGCAUGAUGCGCAAUUCAAGAGUCAGUUCAUGAUGCAGGAGCAACUCAUUGAGCAGCCACUCGUCGACCUGCCUGCCAUUCCGAGGCCGUCGCAGAUCCCCCCGCCGCCGCUGCAGGAGCCGAGCAGCUCGAUGCCCACGACCAUGUCGCUACCCUCGCGCAGACCGACGAGGUCGAUCCAGAUCAAGACCUGCUCGGGCAAGACGCAUCAUGUUGCUCUGAAGAAGCCGGCGAGUAGGGUGUCGUACGAAAGACUCGUGGCCGGUCGUUCGACUCCGGCCCCUGGUCGAGCUCAGAAAGCUUACUAUGGUAUUGAGAUUCAUCGGCUCUUGGACGAAGCUGCGAAGGAGGAGGAAGAUUGUGCUUCGAAGGUGGCGAGACCACGCCCCUCCCAUACGAUCCAACCGUCAAUCGAGCCCGCGCUGGACGCUGGCCACAACAGCAAGGCCAGUAAGCACGCUAAGGCGAUGUGGACGGAGAAGUACCGCGCACGCAAGUUCACGGAGCUGAUUGGCGAUGAGCGCACCCAUCGACACGUCUUGCGGUGGCUGAAAGGGUGGGAGCCGAUUGUCUUCCCCAACCUGGGCCGGUCGAAGGCGAAGAAACCCAUGCGGAAGGACAACAACGAGGAUGAGGAGCCGGCUCACCGCAAGGUCUUGCUUCUGUGCGGCCCCCCGGGACUGGGGAAGACCACCCUUGCGCAUGUCUGCGCUCGACAGGCGGGCUACGAGGUCCUCGAGAUCAAUGCUAGUGACGACCGGAGUCGAGAUGUUGUCAAGGGUCGAAUCCGGGACUCCCUUGGAACGGAGAACGUCAAAGGAAUGAAUGUGGAGGUCGGGGAGGACAAAGUGCGCAAGGCGGGACGGCCGGUGUGCGUGGUUGUAGAUGAAGUGGACGGGGUCGUGAGCGGAUCUGGGGGCAGCGGUGAAGGUGGCUUCAUGAAGGCCUUGAUCGAUCUGGUGAUGCUGGAUCAAAAGAAUUCGGCACGGAAGGCUGAGAAGACGUCGACCACUGGCAAGAAGAAGAAGGGCGACAACUUCCGCUUUCUGCGGCCUCUCAUUCUGGUCUGCAAUGAUGUCUAUCACCCCAGUCUCCGGCCGCUGCGGACUGCUGCUAUCGCUGAAAUCAUCCAUGUGCGCCAAGCGCCAAUCGAGAACGUUGUUGCGCGGAUGAAGCGAGUGUUCUCCAUUGAAGGCAUACCAGCAGAUAACGACGGGGUCCGGCGUCUCUGUGAGGCGUCCUGGGGCAUUGCCCGGAGGAAGCAGAUGGGCGUCAAAAGCAGCGGAACGGCUGAAGGCGACAUUCGCAGUGUGCUUGUUGCAGCCGAGUGGGUGGCGCACAAGCUGCGCAGCGAGUGUCCAUCCACGCUGAGGCUGACGCGCAGCUGGCUGGAGCAGAAAGUCCUCAGCGACAAGACCGGUGGCGGGACGUUCUUUAAGGGCCUGAACCGCGGUGGUGUCCGAGACCUCGUGGACCGCGUCUUCACCGAAGGCGCUGGGUUCGCCGACGCCCCCGUGGGCGCUGAUUCCUUCCGGGACCCCUACGACGACUCGGCCCGAGUCCCCGUCGGCGUGGCAGACCUGCGCAAGCGCCAUGCCAUCAACCGCCUGCGCGAGAUGGUCGACGCCAGCGGCGAGCACGACCGCUGCGUGUCCGAGUGCUUCUCCUCGUACCCCUUGCAGACCUACCAAGACGACACUUUCCUCUCCAAACCCAACACGGCCUACGAAUGGCUGCACUUCCACGACACCAUCUCCUCCAAGAUCUUCUCCCACCAGGACUGGGAACUGAGCGCCUACCUCAGCCAGCCUGUCCUCGCCUUCCAUCACCUCUUCGCCUCGACCUCCGGCAAAGCCAAAGCACCAACAACAACAACAACCUCCUCCGCGGACGCCGACAAAGACGCCGCGGAGGAAGAGCACCCAUUCUCCGGGCCCCGCGCCGACUUCGCCGCCUACGAGGCCCAGAAGCAGAACCGCGCCCUGCUGACGGAGUUCCAGUCCUCCUUCUCGGCACCGUUGAGUCGACUCUUCCGAUCCACGGAGUCGUUAGUGCUCGACCUCGUCCCCAACCUCGUCAAGAUGCUCUCGCCGGACGUGAAACCGGUCGUCGUCCGCGGCAGCGGCGAGCAGCGGAGCGUGGCCAGCGUGCGCAAGGAGAGCGAGCGCGCGCUCGUCCAGGCCGCCGUGCGCGUCAUGUCCGGUCUCGGCGUGCGGUUCGAGAAGGUCCGCGUCGAGGGCGCCAGCGGUGCGCACAGUGGAUGGGCCUAUCGAAUGGAACCACCCCUCGACACCCUCAUCACCUUCUCCCAAACCAAAACCAACACAUCCACCACCACCACCGCCUCCGCCCCCGUCCGCUACGCCGUCCGCCAAGUCCUCGACCAGGAAUACCGCAAAGAAACCACCCUGAAGAAAUCAACCGAUGGCGGCCUCAAACUCACCAACCCCAAAUCCAGUGCCAACAAUGGUACCCAGAAACCCAACCCCGACACAACCAAGAAACCCGGCGCCGCAGCAGACGGCGUCGCAGUGAAACGCGAUUUCUUUGGACGGAUCAUCCAGGAGCCGCCGGUGUCGGCGGCAGAGGGGGCCGAGAAUGACGACGCUCAUCAGAAGAAUGCGGCGGCGCAGACGGAAAUGUCCAAGAGCGGGAGAAGGGUGUGGGUGACGUACCAUGAUGGGUUUUCGAACGCGGUGCGUAAGCCCAUUUCUUUGGCGGAGUUGUUGGGUGAUUUGUAGAUUCGCUUUCUGGUUUUGGGGAGCAAUGAUUGAAUGAGGUUUGUGGUUCAUGUAUAUGGUAUUGCUAGGUUAGGGCUGGUGUUUAGUUUGUAUGGGUUAUGGUACGGUAAGGGAUCUGGGGCGGGCGGGGGCUUUCAUUGAACGAGUUUAUACUUAGGUG